AUGUCAGUAGGUAGGUUCCCGACAGAGCCAGGCGAAAGGGAAUCCAAGAGGGCUAGAGGGAGAGUGCCAUUAAUUGGAUUCACGGAAGAGGACAAGGAGGGAACUAUUCAGCCCCAUGACGACGCCCUAGUCGUGACACUCAGAAUAGGAGGUUAUGACGUGAGGAGGGUGUUAGUUGAUCAGGGCAGCGCCGUGGAGGUGAUGUACCCGGACCUAUAUAAAUGGCUGAAUUUAAAGCAAGAGGACCUGUCGCCAUACAACACUCCUCUGCUUAGCUUUGAGGGAAAAAUCGUCAUCCCUAAGGGCAUGAUCAGAUUGCCUGUGCAAACAGACAUAGAAAUAGUGGAAGUAGACUUCAUUGUGGUGGACGCAUACUCACCCUACACGGCUAUUGUGGCACGGCCAUGGCUUCACACGCUAGGGGCUGUGUCGUCUACCCUACACCAGAAGGUGAAGGAAUGGCCAGGCAUUGCAUGGUAUCGGCCAUUGCUCGACGAUUAA